GUCUUGAUCGCGUGCAGCAGUUGGCAGAGAACACUUUGUAUUUCCGUCGGAGAAUGACAGAGAUGGGCUUUAUCAUCUACGGCAACAACGAUUCGCCCGUAGUUCCCAUGAUGCUCUACAUGCCGGCCAAGAUAGGGUGAGUCAGCCCUGGCAUCCAUAGUUUCAUCUAUGAAUAUGAGUGGUUACCUUUCCCCAGCCCCAUCCCUCAGCUUUAUAGCAAACAAAGUGGCUUGAAUGCAGUUAUGUUUUUCAAAUUAGGCUCAAAACUUUAAAUACAUAUUUGGUUGUGCACCUACUCGCAAAGUUGAUGUUCGAUGCCCGCUCUCUCUCACUCCCUCUCUCUCUCUCUCUCUCUCUCUCUCUCUCUCUCUCUCUCUCUCUCUCUCUCUCUCUCUCUCUCUCUCUCUCUCUGUGUCUCUCUCUCUCUCUCUCUCUCUCAGGGCAUUUGGUAGAGAGAUGCUGAAGAGGAACAUCGGGGUGGUGGUGGUGGGCUUUCCAGCCACACCCAUCAUUGAGUCCAGAGCACGAUUCUGUAUCUCUGCCGCUCACACCAAAGACAUGCUCGACACGGUAACUAUCCCCCCAUGCUUGGCACAAAAUGGGGACCUUUUUCACACUAAAGACAUAAAGAGUGCACACUCAUGGUCCUAUGUCAUUCCAUUCUUUCUUCCAUUCUAUAGCUUCCACUUCCUAGUGCAGCGUUUCCCAAACUUGGGUACAGGACCC